AUGGUUCAACUCAUCCAGUCGAUAUCAGCUCAUACUGACAAAGUAUGGAGUGUAUCUGCACAUCCAACCUUGCCACUUUUGGCCACUGCUUCAACCGAUAAGUCAACUAAAGUAUAUAAAUUAUCAGCAACAUCAAAAUUCCCUCGUAUUGCCGACUUGGAAGAUACCCAUAGGCGAUCAGUUCGGUCUGUAUCGUUUAAACCACCAAUGGGCGGAGUAGAUUACAAGCUGAACGUAUUAGACUUGCCGGCAUUAGCCAGCGGCUCAUUCGACUCAACGAUAUCAAUUUGGGGAAUCGAUGAGCCCGAUGACAAUUAUGAAGUCGAGGAAAUCAUGCACAAUCAAGCUGAGGUGUUGACGAGUCCAUCCAAUGAAUGGAACUUGAUGGCAAUUAUUGAAGGCCAUGAAAACGAGAUUAAGGCUGUGGAUUGGAAUUUCAGCGGUAGAUAUCUUGCUUCAUGUUCGAGAGAUAAGACAGUUUGGAUAUGGGAGACUGACCCAGAGACAUUGGAAGAGUUUGAAUGUGUUUCAGUAUUGAAUGAUCAUCUGCAAGAUGUAAAGAAUGUGACAUGGCAUCCGACAACUAAUUUACUUGCUAGCUCAUCAUAUGAUGAUACGAUUCGUAUAUACAAACAGGAAUUUGAUGAUGACGAUUGGUCAUGUGUAGGGAUAUUGGAUGCCCACGAAGGAACGGUGUGGUGUUCCAAAUUCGAGAAUCCUAAAAGCCCCCAUGCAACAAGUGGGAAAACUAGAUUGGUUUCAGUAAGUGACGACUUAUCAGUCAGAAUAUGGUUCAAUCAAGAUGAGGCCAAAAACAACGAGUCAAAUGGCCAUGAUACAAACCUACCUUCUUCAAUAAGACAUACUUCAGAGAUGGUUUGGGAACAGGAGUGCAUAUUACCUAAAGUACAUACACUUCCAAUAUAUUCCACUGCUUGGUCGUCAAUUACUGGUAAGAUUGUGACAGCCGGAUCCGAUGGACAAAUUGUUGUGUAUAAUGAAACCAACGGUGAAUGGCAAAUUGAAAGUGUACAGCAAUCAGCCCAUGGUGUUUAUGAAGUUAACUGUGUUAUUUGGGCGAAAUUAGAUAACAACAAAGAAGUGAUAAUAUCAGCAGGAGAUGACGGUCACGUUAAUAUAUGGAACACCGAGUAA